AUGAAUGUGUAUGUGGAUCAAAAUGGAGACAUAGCAGCAGACCUGAGGAUCUUUAGUAGGGUGGUUCUCCCUGAGGAGGUUCCCAUCAACCAGCAUUUGGAGGAUUUUGAAAGACAGAGACUUACAAUCAACCAAGAUGCUUUGUCACAGCUAAAGUUGCUGAACAAGGUGGAGAAAAUAUCAAUGUCUUUUCUCUUUUUUCCAAAAGACCCAUUUCAAGUGGUCUACACCUGGUCAGAAAAACCUUCACAGAGAAUUGAAUGUUUGGAAGAAGGAGAGCCAGUUUGCUGUUAUGACUGCGUUCCUUGUCCGGAGGGAACCAUCUCCACUCAGGAAGAUACUGACAAAUGCACCAAGUGCCCAGACAAUCAAUAUCCAAGCAAGAACCGAGUCCAAUGUAUCCCCAAAAGAAUAACCUUCCUGUCCUAUGAUGAACAUGUCAGCAUCAUCCUCAUCUCCUUUGCUCUAUUCUUAUUCCUAACCACAGGCUUUGUUUUAAUCAUAUUUCUUAAAUACCUAGAAACUCCCAUUGUCAAAGCCAACAACCGGGACCUCUCCUAUAUAAUCCUUAUAUCCCUCCUGCUAUGCUUCUUGUCCUCCUUUCUUUUCAUUGGACGACCAAGGAAAGCCACCUGUCUUCUCCGACAAACAGUGUUCAGCAUUGUCUUCUCAGUAGCUGUGUCUUCUGUGUUGGCCAAAACGAUCACAGUAGUGCUGGCAUUCCUAGCCUCAAAACCAGGGAAUAAGGUGAGAAGAUGGUUGGGGAAGAGUUUGGCCAACUCCAUCAUCCUUUUUUGUUCUGGUGUCCAGGUUCUCAUCUGUGCCAUGUGGCUCGGAGUGUUUCCCUCAUUUCCUGACUCUGAUCUGCACUCCCAGCCUGGAGAGAUCGUCCUUCAAUGCAAUGAAGGCUCUAUCAUCAUGUUUUAUGUUGUCCUUGGCUACAUGGGUUUCCUUGCUGCCAUUUGCUUCACGGUGGCUUUCCUGUCUAAGAACCUGCCUGGGUCUUUCAAUGAAGCCAAGCUUAUCACCUUCAGCAUGCUGGUCUUCUGCAAUGUCUGGGUCUCCUUCCUCCCCACCUACCUGAGCACUAAAGGAAAAUACGUAGUGGCUGUGCAGGUCUUCGCCAUCUUGGCCUCCAGUGCUGGACUGUUGGGCUGCAUCUUCUUCCCCAAAUGCUACAUUAUCAUCCUGAGACCAGAUCUAAACACUAAGGAACAUCUAAUGACAAAAGCAGGGGAAUGA